AUGGCCAGCAGAAUAUUUCUGUUGUGCCUGUUUGUUUCGUGUCUGACUGUGAAUUAUAUAGAAUGUGGUAGAAGCGGGGGAAGGAGCCGAGGAGGGGGCGGUGGCAGAAGCAGAGGAGGUUUCUCUUUUGGCUUUGGUUCCUCGAGCCACGGUUCUAAGCACAGUUGGAGCUCAAGCUCCUCAUCGUCUUCACACAGUUCAGGAUCACACGGAUAUCCUUCAUCGUCUUCUGGUUUAUCUGGUUAUGGGUCCGGCCACCAUUCAUACCCUUCGUCGUCAUCAGGAUUAUCUGGACAUGGUUCUAACUCACACACAUAUCCAUCAUCGUCCUCAGGAUUGUCUGGAUACGGCUCCUCAUCUUCUGGACCUACAUGGCACUUUGGAUCAUCCAGUUACCCGUCAUCAUCAUCAGGACUGUCUGGCUCUGGGUCGAGUUACAGACCUACGUCGAAUCACCAUUAUCACCAUACCAACGUGCACUACUCCUCACACCCACCAACAUACUACUCUGCACCGCAGUACGUAUAUGUACAAGAUUACAGAAACUCCGACAGUCGUUACGGAGACUUGCUGACUGGUUUGUCGCUGUACAACCUCGGUCGCUCACACAGUCACUACCAUAACCACUACUAUUAUGAUGAUUACUACAGACACAGGUAUGACUCCCCAUCAUACGGUUCCUCCUCAUACAGUUCGCAGAACAAACCACAAGAUGAAGCAAAUUGCGUACUGAAAGUAAAAGAAAACGGACGAGAGGAAGCUCUGAAAAUUCCUUGUGAAAUUGUUUCAACCUUUACUCAAGAUAGUAAAAAAGUGGAUCUACCGCAGCAAACUCAGGUGAAUAAAACUAAGUGUACGACAACUAUUACCAACAAGCCAAUGCCAGUGACUACAACAUCCACUACGACAACGACGACGACGGAAAAACCAUUUAAUGGUUUUCCAGAUAAUUUCGACAACCUUUCAUUGAACGAGAUGCUGGCUUACGCCGAUGCGGUAGGGAAAAUGACGUUAGCGCCAAACGGUACUCUUAUAAUGCCACCGGUAAGCCCUCGUGGACAGUCUAGUCCAAGCUUUACCUUACCAGAGUGGGAACCCACGAAGGUUGUAGCCACCACGGAGCCACCGCACCCGCCUGUAACGACAGUGACUACAGAGACUUCAUCAGUGAACGGUACUGUCUCAUACAUCACCAAGACGGUGACAACUAACGCGACUAUGGUGAAUGUGACAGUGUGUACUACUAAUUCGACCUUUGUUGAUCCUUUGAGUGCAAAAGGGUCACCGGUGGACCCUAAUAAUAUGGAGUGUGCCGUAGAAAUUCAAACAAAAGACGCUUAUUUACGUAAUGUUGUCGAUUGUAAAACUUUGAUGAAAUACGCCAAAAUGCCGGAGCCAAAGCCGGACACUGGCAUAUUACCCCCUAGAGAAAAACUGAAAACGUGGUUAGACAACCCUCCCUGGUGGAUGUCUCUGUUUAUUGCAGUGUAA